GUGUGGAAGCGAUGUACACCUUCGGUUGACCGCUACAUACGCCGUCUAGUGGUCGUAUGGUGCCGGACGCCAGUGCUUAGUGAGGUUCCCGAUCCGAGCAGGACUAACCCUCCCCACAACAGCCGCCACAGUGACGAGCGCCGCGAAACACCGCAGCCCGGACGUACCCAAGAUGGAUGAUCUGCUGCAGGCCGGCCACGUCGUGAAGGAGCGAUGGAAGGUGCUGAAGAAGAUAGGCGGCGGUGGUUUCGGCGAGAUCUACGAGGGUCAGGAUCUGAUCACCCGCGAACAGGUCGCACUGAAGGUCGAAUCGGCUCGCCAGCCGAAGCAGGUCCUCAAGAUGGAGGUGGCCGUGCUGAAGAAGCUGCAAGGCAAGGAGCAUAUAUGCCGGUUCAUCGGUUGCGGACGUAACGAUCGAUUCAACUACGUUGUGAUGCAGCUGCAGGGCAAGAACUUGGCCGAGCUGAGGCGUUCGCAGGCCCGUGGUGCCUUCUCGCUCAGCACGACACUGCGGAUUGGCCUCCAAAUACUGAAAUCGAUCGAAUCCAUCCAUUCGGUCGGCUUCCUUCAUCGUGAUAUCAAACCAAGUAACUUUGCCAUAGGAAGACUACCGCUCACUAGUCGUAGAAUCUACAUGCUGGACUUCGGCUUAGCUAGACAGUACACUACCGGUACGGGUGAGGUGCGAUGUCCCCGAGCUGCGGCAGGAUUCCGCGGAACCGUCAGGUACGCUUCGUUAAAUGCGCACAAAAAUCGUGAAAUGGGCCGCCAGGACGAUCUGUGGUCGUUGUUCUAUAUGCUUGUUGAGUUUGUUACCGGCCAGCUUCCAUGGCGUAAAAUUAAGGAUAAAGAGCAAGUUGGAAUGUUGAAAGAGAAAUAUGAUCAUCGUUUGCUACUCAAGCACUUGCCUUCGGAUUUCAAAUACUUCUUAGAGCAUAUUCAAUCCCUUAACUACGCCGAUAAGCCGGACUACGCGAUGCUGAUUUCCCUGUUCGAACGGUGCAUGAAGCGCCGUGGUGUGAAGGAAACAGACCCGUUCGAUUGGGAGAACAACGCCGACUACAGUGCCGGCGAAGCCAAAGCCAUCAACGCAGCUGUACCGAAGAGUGAACUAAUCAAAAAGCAUAAGGACGUCGAGAUGACGGAGGAAAAACGCAAACCGAUCCUGGACUCCGCUAAGGUCCUGCAUACGGAGCCGAUCGAAUCGAUGAAACCGCAGAACGUGCAUGCGGCGGGCGGGGCGGCGGCAGCAGCGGCGGCCGCCGCUGCCGCCGCCGCCAAGGCCGCCCUCAAUCACGCAGACCAACACGAGCCGAACGAGGCGAAGAUCCAGCAGGAGACCAAGACGGAUGCCGCACUUCCCGCGAUCGAGAUGGUGGUCGUAAAGGGUCUAAUAAGUUUCCCUAUUCACCAGAACGAGAUCCCACUGGUGCGGGCCCACACGGAGGUGAUGACAAAGCCGGCCAAACACGGCAGCAACCGGUUGCGGAUACUGACGGCACCACCCGUCAACAUCAAGGAUUUCUCCUCAUCCCUCGACAAGCAGCAGCAGCAGCAGACGCACCAUCAACAACCGCACCACCAAUCGCAGCAGGCGCACCACCAUCAUCACCAUCACGGCCUGCACGGUUCGACCGAGGCCAACAACCACUCGCUCGAGCUGAAAUCGAAGCUGCUGAAGACGGAAGCGGACGACCUGUCGUACUCACCGGCGGAUGGCAUUCUGCGCGAUCUCGGCCAAACGGGAGGCUCCCAGCGGCAGCAGCAGCAACAUCACGACCCGCAACACGGGCCGGCCGGAGGACACCAGCGGCAGAGCCUAACGCUCGGCAAGAGCCUGCGAUCGUACGGCAGCUCAACGACGGCCACCAGCAACAAGUACGCCGCACGCAACGACGACAAGAGCUGCCGGGACUACUCGAUCACGCAGCACGCGAUCGUCGACGACGACAACGCGAGCCAGUACCAGACACCGAAGUACCAGGGUGCCCUGACGCUGGCCUCACAGUGGAAGAGCCAGUUCGACGACUCGGACGACUCGACCGAUGGCCUGUGGAAGGGCGAGCAACAUUCCGAAAAUGCAUCGAAGAAGAACUACACUAACCUCAACAAGGGCAGCGUCGCCGCCGGUCUGCCGGCACCGCCGAAGGACUCGCAAGGACCUCCGGUUCCGUCGGUUCCACCGGUGCCGUCGCAACCGCCCCAGCCAAACGGCACCGCACACGGGGACGAUGAUGAGCGGGAGGAGGGUGCGGCUGAUGGGGCGGGCGGUCCGGUGCAGUCUACGCCACCUCCACCACCACCACCACCGCCGCCACCACCACCCGAGUGUGAUGAUGGUGCGCCGCUAGAGGACCCGGUGUUGGUGUGCGCAGAGCUGAUCAGCAAGGCGACGCUGUCCGUGAUCAAGCCGGAGCAGGAUGAGCAGGAUGUGCCCAUGGAGCAGAAGGAUGUGCCCGGUGAGGUCGAACCCCCCAAGCCGAAGGCUUCGCAGGAGCUGCUGGUGGUGAUGGUGGAUGAGCAAGCGGAGCGGGAGCAGAAGGACGACAAGCAGAAGCAAACGCAGAUGCAACAGGAGCAGGAGGAGCAGGAAGAGGAGAAGCAGGAGCAGGAGGAGGAGGAGGAGGAGGAGGAAGAGGAGCAGGUGGAGGAGCAGCUGGUGGAGCAGGAACCGGAGAUCCGGAAGGUGUUGGUGGGCGAGGAGGCAGGAGGUGAAGAGCCCGCCCCACCGGAAGGACCUCCACCGAUGGUCGUCAGCGUCGAAAGCCUGGUCGGGGGGUUCGAAGCGGUGGCGGCGGCGGCCGCAGCUGCUGCGGUCGCGGCCACACCCGUUACCGCCGGCGGCAACGCGGAACUAUCUAGUAAUAUUAACUCUUAACUCUCACACAACAACAACAAAAAACCACACACACUCACACACAACUCCUUCCUCAGCUAGCGAUUUUUUGUUUUGCCGCAGCAGCAUCGAAGCAUGAGCUUACCGGCUAUAUAGGGAUGUGCCAGCCCGCGAUGUCCUUCCACUGGCCUCGCACACACACACACGCGCGCGUGCGUGCACGAUCGCUCGUAUACACGCAGCUUAAAGCUUCGAGUGUUGGGAGCUCGUCUCAGUCCACGGUUCACUGUGCCGCAUCAACUGUUGCAGCGCAUCUAGUCUUCACCCGUUGGAUCCUGGCGAGUGUGUGUGUGUGUGUGUGUAUGUGUGCGCCAGUGCGUCGGAGAGAAGGAGAGCUGUUAGAGGCUGGGAUGCGAUUGAAAUCACGAUAGGAGUAAGGCAACGAUAGAGAGGUCAAAUGAAGGGCGAUAGAGGAGGGAUAAGUGCAGGUGUUCGACCCAAAAUGCGAAUGGCGGACCUUGCGGCAGCAGAAUCUCUCAGGUUGCGCGCGCGCGGACGAAUCUCCACGCCAGAUUCUCCUCCCUUUAUAAAUAACAAAAUAUUUAAAGCAACACAAAAAAAAACAGGAAACCAACGAUCUCGCGGGAAGGGACACAAGGUGCGUGCACGUGUGUGUAUGUGCGCGCGUGAGUGAGAGAUACAGAGGUCCUUGGGGAGGGAGGACCGGCAACGAGUGAGCGAAGCCGAGUGAGGGUGGAUGAGAAGAUGGACACUAGCGAAACAGCGCGGGUGGCUAGCGUUGCGUCGAGUUCACGAUACCAAAAUGAAUGCAAACAUGACAAAGCAGCAACACAACCAACCAUGAUACCAAAUGUGCGCGGUACCACACAUACACGUACAAGCGCAUACACACGCGGGCGUAUGCGGCAUGGAGGGAUGCACACCGGCGAAGGAUACGCGCGGUGGAGCAGCAGAAAAAGAAACAUACACGUGACAUGUGAGGACAACCAACGUGGGGGUUAGGGAGAAGAAAAAUACGCAAUGGAGGAUAAGCGAAUAAAUCAAUGAAUACCACAAUACCAAUA